AUGUCCGACAUCCCUACGUCUGUGCCUGUGCAGGAACCGGCUCUCGCGGCGUCGGCUCCGUUUGCGACGUCAUCCGAGCCCCAAACGGCGCCGGUUGCCGCUGCUGGUCAGGCCAGCGCCUCGAGCGACGGCAAUGAGAACAGUACCAUCGGCACCACCGUUACGAGCACUGAUGCCCCAGCCCCCUUUCAGACGGGUACGCCUGCCAACGAGGACAUCUUACCAUCAGGCACGGGUGCGACGGGCCACGCCGACCUGGCUGCUCCCUCAGCCUCAUCAGAGGAGCUCGCCGCCGGUGGCCCUACCACCGCUGCUGCCACCCCACACGAGGUCGUUCAGGAACCGAAGCCGAUCCCCACCACGCCUGCGCCUGCGACCGAACCCAUCGUCGAGUCGAUCGAGAAGGCCCAACGAAGCACGACUAACGGUCACGGUCACACCAAGGGCGACCAGACCGAACCUGCAGUCGCUGCAGCACCCUCUGCAGCCACCGAGCCAGCUGCUGAGUCUCCCUCCGCUAGCGCAACCGAGACCAUUGCCGAAUCAGGAUCGGUCGUCGACAAGGUCGUAGACGUCGCCGAGGGAGUCAAGGACGCCGUCGUUGACAAGUUCGAGCAAGUGGAGGAAUUCGUCGUCGACACCGUCAGCAAUGGAGAACCCACAACGGGCGACAAGCGACCCUUGGACGGCGCCGAAGCACAGCAGAAGGUGAGGUCCAACGGCUGCCACAGGAGGAUCAAUGAAUAAGAAUUCUAGAUGAGCUUCUUGCUGACGUGCAUUGAUUGCACUUAUCUAGACUGCCGAAAGCGAGGGCAUGUCGGUCGAUACCCCCGAAAAGGCUGAGCCUUUAUCCGAGGCCACCCCAGCCGACCCCGCCCCCACUGCAGAGGCAGAACCCGCUGCCGAGACGGUGAGUUUGCCACAAUCCUAGCCCCUUCCGACUGGCUUGACCAACACGUUGUCAUCACACCAGGGCGAACCCCCCGUGAAGAAAGCGAAAAAGACCGCCCCCGAGAAAACCGCCGUUGCUCCGACUCGUCGCUCAUCACGUUCGACUCGAUCAACGGCCAGUCUCGCCGAAUAG